CAGCCGGAGCCGGAGCGAGAGCCGGGGCCUCGGCGUCCCCGCCCUCUCCGCGCCGCGGCCAGCGUCCGCCGGGCCCGCGCGCGUCGCGCCAUGGACUCGGACGAGGGCUACAACUACGAGUUCGACGAGGACGAGGAGUGCAGCGAGGAGGACAGCGGCGCCGAGGAGGAGGAGGACGACGACGAGGACGAGCCGGACGAUGAUAACCUGGAUCUGGGCGAGGUGGAGCUGGUGGAGCCCGGGCUGGGCGUCGGCGGGGAGCGGGACGGACUGCUGUGUGGGGAGACGGGCGGCGGCGGCGGCAGCGCUCUGGGUCCCGGAGGCGGUGGCGGCGGCGGUGGCGGCGGCGGCGGCCCGGGACACGAGCAGGAGGAUGAUUACCGCUACGAGGUGCUCACGGCCGAGCAGAUCCUGCAGCACAUGGUGGAAUGUAUCCGCGAGGUCAACGAGGUCAUCCAGAAUCCAGCAACUAUCACAAGAAUACUCCUUAGCCACUUCAACUGGGAUAAAGAGAAGCUAAUGGAAAGGUACUUUGAUGGAAACCUGGAGAAGCUCUUUGCUGAGUGUCAUGUAAUUAACCCAAGUAAAAAGUCUCGAGCUCGCCAGAUGAAUACAAGGUCAUCAGCACAGGAUAUGCCUUGUCAGAUCUGCUACUUGAACUACCCCAACUCGUAUUUUACUGGCCUUGAAUGUGGACAUAAGUUUUGUAUGCAGUGCUGGAGUGAAUAUUUAACUACCAAAAUAAUGGAGGAAGGCAUGGGACAGACUAUUUCGUGUCCUGCUCAUGGUUGUGAUAUUUUAGUGGAUGACAACACAGUUAUGCGCCUGAUCACAGAUUCAAAAGUUAAAUUAAAAUAUCAGCAUUUAAUAACAAAUAGCUUUGUAGAGUGCAACCGACUAUUGAAGUGGUGUCCAGCCCCAGAUUGCCACCAUGUUGUUAAAGUUCAGUAUCCUGAUGCGAAACCAGUCCGCUGCAAAUGUGGGCGCCAGUUUUGCUUUAACUGUGGUGAAAAUUGGCAUGAUCCAGUUAAAUGUAAGUGGUUGAAGAAGUGGAUUAAAAAGUGUGAUGAUGACAGUGAAACUUCUAAUUGGAUUGCAGCUAACACAAAGGAAUGUCCCAAAUGCCAUGUCACAAUUGAGAAGGAUGGCGGUUGUAAUCACAUGGUCUGUCGUAACCAGAACUGUAAAGCAGAAUUCUGCUGGGUGUGUCUUGGCCCUUGGGAACCACAUGGAUCUGCCUGGUACAACUGUAACCGCUAUAAUGAGGAUGAUGCAAAAGCGGCAAGAGAUGCCCAAGAGCGAUCCAGGGCAGCCCUGCAGCGGUACCUGUUCUACUGUAAUCGCUACAUGAACCACAUGCAGAGCCUGCGCUUCGAGCACAAGCUAUAUGCGCAGGUGAAGCAGAAGAUGGAGGAGAUGCAGCAGCACAACAUGUCCUGGAUCGAGGUGCAGUUCCUGAAGAAAGCAGUCGAUGUCCUCUGCCAGUGUCGUGCCACACUCAUGUACACUUAUGUCUUCGCUUUCUACCUCAAAAAGAAUAACCAGUCCAUUAUCUUUGAGAAUAAUCAAGCAGAUCUAGAAAAUGCCACAGAGGUGCUUUCGGGCUACCUUGAACGUGAUAUUUCCCAAGAUUCUCUGCAGGAUAUAAAGCAGAAAGUUCAAGAUAAGUACAGAUACUGUGAGAGCCGACGAAGGGUUUUGUUACAGCAUGUGCAUGAAGGCUAUGAAAAAGACCUGUGGGAGUACAUUGAGGACUGAGAAUGCCCUGCAUAAAGUGAACUCUGAAAACUUUACCAUCUAGAGUGCUCAUGCAAUUAAAACAAAACACACACAAACAAGGAGGCACUAAGCCUGUUCUGACACCACUGGUCUGUAGUACCAGAAUUCUGUUUUGUUAACGGAAAGUUUAAGUAAAUUAUAUUGUAAUAAAAAAGGUAGAUAAACCAUUGUACAACAGUAUUCUAGGCCGCCAACAAAGCGUGACAGACACACAAAAAGCCCUCCAACGUUAACUUGUAACGUAGCUUCAUUCUCAAAGCUGACUUCCUUUUUCUUUUUCCUGAGUGUAGUACAGUUACAGUUUCAAAAGCUCUUUGACACUGCUUUUCAUGUCCAAACCAGCCAUUUUGUUGUACUUUGGUAAAGGACUUCUUCCCCUCACUCCCCUGCUCAUACAUACCCCCACACACAGUUGCACUCACUUUCUCUCAUACCCUAAGGUCAUGAGUGAAUAAUGAUUAUUAGCUACUUGUAAAGGAAAUUCUUGGGAGGGGGAAGGGGGUAGGCAGCAAGAGAAUUAAACAAACAAAAAACAAAAAACAAAAACUUUGUAUAUGACUUUUAAAACAAGAGGACAACACAGUAUUUUUCAAACUUGUAUAUAGCGCAUAUGCAUGGAUAAAGCAAGCGUGGCACGUGUUUGCAUAAUGUUUAAUUACAAAAAUAUUUAUUCUUUAAAAAGCUUCAAGAUUA